AUAGCUUUACAUCAGAUAUGGUUACAAGUUAUUCCUAGAGCAUCAUGGAGAGAUGUCAUUAAUGCUUUGAAACAAUGUAAAGAGAAUGAACUAGCUAGAACUAUUGAAGACAAAGUGACAGAUCCUAUUGAUGAAGUUGUAACAGAUAAUCUAAAGGAUGUAUUGAAGACUCAUUCUCAUACACUUACUCGGAGUAUUUCUACUGACUUUUCAAAAACAGCUAGUGCACUGUAUGCUAAAGGACUGAUACCAGAGACCACUAAAGAUCAAAUAUUUAUACCGGGAAUUAGUGAUUUUAAUAAAGCUGCUAAACUUGUGACUGUCAUUGGGCACCAGUUACCCUCUGAUAAUCCAGAGCAGUAUCUUAUUGAUGUAUGUCAUGUAUUAAUAGACCAAAAAAAUCCAGCCCUAACAGAAAAUGCUGCCUCUAUAUUAGACCAGUUAGGUCAGUCUGUGCCUGAUAGUGGUACAGAAGCAGAGCAUGAGACUGAAAUACAAACUAAACCAGUUGCUGAAAUAGUACAAGAUGACUCAGCAAACAGAGUUGGAUAUUUCUCUAAUGCAAUAGAGAAAAAGGAUCUCAAGCCUGGUGAUCAUAUCUAUACUCACAGAACACUAUUCCUUCAUAGUCAUCACGGUAUUUAUAUUGGUGAGCCUGAUUGUGAAGUGAUUCACUUCAGUGGUGAUGCAACUGGGUCACUAAGGAAUAAGGACAGCUCACUUUGUCAAGUAAGAAAAACUACCCUUGGUGACUUUUGUGAUGGUAAUACACUCCGUUUGGUGGCAUAUAAUGCCUAUACAAGUUCCAAUGCAAGUCACACUGUGAAGGCAAUGCCUCUUUCAGAAACAGUUAAGGUGGCUAAACAUUUUCUCAAUGAUCCAAAAAAGUUUGGUGAAUAUGGCAUGAGGAAUAACAACAGUGAAACAUUUUCCUGCUUCUGUAAAACAGGACUGAUGGAUAUUGCAGCACAGCUUCAUCCAUUGAGCAGGAACGUGUUAGCUGAGUGGUUGUGGGCAGCACCAUGUACUACGUAUGAAGAAGCAAUGAAAAACUUUAUUGAAAAACAAAAUGCUAAAACAUAACCUAGAACAAAUUAUGUAGACAGACCAAAUUAGACUCUAGAAUUAUUAGUUAUAGUUAGAUAUCAUAUACCUGCUAUAUAUAUAUUGAAUAACUGCUAUGUACAAUACACUGCUGCCUUUCUAGUGCUAUAUGCUGAAUUAGUGUUUUGAAAAUACUGUAGGAGACUGCAAAACAUUAAGACUGAAGCUUCACCCCUUUGCCACUCGUACAUAAUUAUGUUCACAUGCAAACAGAGCUAUCUCACUCGCUAUGGGCUUCAUCCAAAUUCCAAGUUAUACAAUUUAUGCUGUGGGCAUCAUGA